UAAAAUUCAAGGGUGCACUUAUUCUUUAAAGAGAAGUGAGUGUCUGACUUGUCAGCAGGUGGACUUUAGACAUCUAUUGAGACUGUAGUUGUUGUAUACACCGUUGGUGAAUAUUUACCAAUCAAAUCUGAAUGAUGAGGUGACUGACACAACGUAACAGGAGCAACACAGGAACCGUCAGUUCCAAUCUUCACAGGGAGAAUUAGAAUUGCUUGAGAAUGAGAGACUACGACGAUAUCACAUCUUUUCUGGGAACAUGGGGGCGAUUUCAGCUGACCGUGUUUAUGGCACUGGCUAUCAGCAUCCUGCCGAAUGGCUUUGUGGGCCUCUACAUAGUGUUUGUAGGUGAUACUCCAACACACCAGUGUCUGAUUCCUGAAGAGUACAACAUCAGUGAGAUCUGGAGAGAGGCAGCGAUUCCUCUAAUAACCCAGGAUGGAAUUUUAAAGCGCAGCUCCUGCAGCAGGUACAACAUAGACACACUGAGAAACUACUCCCUGAUGGGCUACAUCCCUGAUGUGGACGUGAAUAUGAGCAGCAUUGAGCUGGAGAAGUGUCUGGAUGGAUGGAAUUAUAGCAAGGAAAUCUACCAAUCAACAAUAGUUACUGAGUGGGAUUUGGUGUGUGACAAUGAAUAUAAAGUCCCCCUGUGUUCAUCAAUAUACUUCCUCGGAGUCCUAAUGGGCACUUUCAUUUCAGGACAGCUGUCUGACAAGUACGGCAGGAGGCCAGUGCUCUUUGCUAUGAUGGCCAUGCAGACCUUGACAAUCUUCAUCCAGAUGUUUUCUCCCAGCUGGGAAGUGUUCACUGCAAUUUACUUCUUUGUGGGAUUUAGCGGCUUUUCAAACUAUGUCGUAGGCUUUGUGUUAGGAUCAGAGAUUCUGAGCCCAGCGACUCGUGUGGUAUUCUGCUCUUUGGGCGUCUUUAUGGGAUCAGGGAUUGGCCAGAUGUUCCUGCCGCUGGCAGCAUACUUCGCCCGCUGGUGGAGAUUGCUGGUGCUUAUCAAUGCUCUUACUGGUGUUCUUUACAUCCCAUUGUGGUGGUUUAUUCCAGAGUCCCCAAGAUGGCUGCUCUCUCAGGGCAGGAUAGCUGAGGCUGAAGCGAUACUUAGACAAGCAGCACAGAAGAACAAAAUCUCUGCUCCAGAGGUUAUUUUCAACCCUUCUGAGAUUGAGGAGUCAGCUGCAAUACGAAAGAAGAAAUACAGUAUUCUUGAUAUCUUGAGAAACGGCAAUGCAGUUACAAUUUGCAUUAUUUGUUCACUCUUAUGGAUAGUUAUCACUAUGUCCUACUACGGACUAAUUCUGAACACCAGCAACCUUCACGGAGAUCCCUACUUGAACUACUUUAUAUCUGCAGUUGUGGAGCUCCCAGCAUUCUUCAUAGCAAUGUUACUACUCAAAUAUUGCUCACGUAGAUUCUGCCAGUCCUCAACUCUAAUCCUGGGUGGAGGUAUCAUUCUUUUUGUUCAGCUUGUCCCUGAAGAUCUACCAGAGUUGGCUGUCUUCCUAGAGAUGGUUGGGAAGUUCGGCAUUACUGCAGCAUUUUGUGUAGUUUAUGCUGUGACAUCAGAGCUCUUCCCCACUGUUGUGCGAAAUAUGGCCAUGGGAAUCUGCUCCAUGUCUGCGAGAAUAGGAUCCAUUAUCUCCCCUUUCAUUAUAUACCUGGGAUCCUAUUACAAAAUGCUCCCCUAUCUUCUACUGGGAGCCUGGGCCGUGGUGGCCAGCCUUCUAUGUUUGUUGUUACCUGAAACAUCAGGCAAAGUACUGCCUGAGACCAUCUCACAAAUGCAGAGGAUUAAAUGCAGGUUUGGAAGCUUAAGGAAAUUUGAAUUGUCACACGGGGCAGCGGAGAAAACUAUCACACUUAAAGAGGCAAAAAUGUAGAACUGAUUAAAUGUUUUCAAAGGCUUUUAUUAUGAAGGAUGAAUAUUAACAUGGAUGACUUGCAUCUGAAGAGUACACCUGUUUCACCAGCGACUAAAUUAUCCCUAAAUAUGUCUUUUGUAUUUCUUUUAUGAGUGUGGCACAUGCUGCCCAUCCGGAUCCUUUUUGUGCUCUAUUGUUUAUCUGAGAAGUAGUAACAUAUACACAGUAGUUCCAGCCAAUCCUAAUGGAGAGUUAAUCUGUUUUAGAUUAUAUUAAUAAAUAAAAAUAAAAGAAAGAUAAGGCUUUGGAUUUGGUAGAUCUGUGACCAGUAAGACAGCAUUCUGUCCACUGCUCCAAAAUUUAUGUUUAGAAAAAAAUGAGCAAAACAGGUUCUAAUGCUGGAGCACCGUUUACUGCAAGAUGUGCAGUACAGUACAGUAUGUAUCGUCACUGUCCAUCUGUAUCAGUAUGUUUGUUGAUUUUUUUUGUUUACUACAUAAUUUAAACACACAAACUAAAUGGACCAAUAGAAAUAGAAAUUCUCCAGAUUGAUCCUAUAACUUUUUUUACAUUGACUUAUAGUAAAGGUUAAGAGGCUUUAUCUCUCUCUCCUGUACAGUAACUGUUUUGGACAGUGAUGGCCUUUCCAACAUUAGACAGAAUGUAUUUCAGACUGGUUAAAGAACAAUCAAAUGCCUCACACUUUUUCAGCUUUCUAUUACUUAAGAGUGGCCACAUAUUUAUUUUUAACACACAGGCAGCCGUCAUUGUUGGGACCUUAUGGUCGAUGUGGAAAUAUCAAUUGAUGUCCAUUAAUUAAAAUCAUGUCAUUAAAGAUGAUUAUAGUUUUCAAGAGAA